AUGUGCAAGGAGCCGCUGAAAGCCGUGCUGCAACUUGCACGUGGGCAUCAGGUGCGUUUAGUUGUAGGCCAGGAAGCUUUGGAUUCUUCUCGAGUUAGCUGUUCAUCUUGUUCUGAUCUACUGGAACAAGUUUUCGAGUUGAUUCAUGAAGGAAAUCCAUCACCACAAAACUACAUCCCUCGGGAUUUCAUCCUCCUCAGUUGUGGAGGACCUUCCACUGCCGACGACAUGGAUGGCCGGAAAUGGAUGACCGAUGACAAAUCCAAGUUUCUUCCCGCGACAGGGAAUAGCACUACAUCGAGAGCCGCUACUCAGGUUCCUUCAGUUCUUGAAACUCCUUUCAUGACGGCUAGGGUUUUUCACUCUAAUUUCACCUAUACCUUUCCUGUGGCUCCUACUCGUUUAUUCCUUCGUCUGUACUUUUAUCCUUCUUCCUAUGGCGGCCUUGAUGCAUCUGAUGCUCGAUUCUCUGUUUCCGCUCAAACCUAUACUCUCCUUAAUAACUUCAGCGCUUCACAAACCGCUGAGGCUUUGAAUUCUGCGACUAUCGUUAAGGAAUACUCGAUCAAUGUUGAAAAUGGAAGGUUGAGCUUGACUUUCACUCCAUCCCCCACUCAUCCAAAGGCUUAUGCGUUUGUUAACGGGAUUGAGAUUGUAUCUAUGCCUGAUAUUUACAGUGAAACUUCCGGGACUGUUUUGAUUGUUGGCCAAUCUAGUCCUUUCACUGUGGAUAACACCACUGCGCUCGAGAACAUCCAUCGGUUGAAUGUCGGGGGGAAUUAUAUUUCGCCUUCUGCUGAUACAGGGAUGCAGAGGCCUUGGUUUGAUGAUUCUCCAUAUUUGUUUGCUGCAGCAAAGGGAGUGACAACGAUUACGGAUCAGAACACAAGGAUUACUUAUCCUCCCAGUAUUUCUACUUAUGUUGCGCCGGUUGAUGUCUACUCUACUGCUAGAACUAUGGGACCUGNUGUCUACUCUACUGCUAGAACUAUGGGACCUGAUUACAAUGUCAAUCUGAAUUAUAAUUUGACAUGGGUUUUCUCUGUUGAUUCUGGCUUCUUUUACCUUGUUAGGCUCCAUUUUUGUGAGAUUGCUGCAGGUUUCACGAAGGUUAACCAAAGAGUGUUCGACAUUUUCAUCUUUAAUCAAACUGCUACGCUGGGUGUUGACGUGAUUGAAUCGGCUGGAAGUAAUUAUGCUCCUGUGUUCAAAGAUUAUGUGGUUAUGGUUCCAAGUUAUGGAGAUCCGCAGAAGGAUUUAUGGCUCCAGCUGCAUCCACACAAGUCACGACCCAAUUACUAUGAUUCAAUCUUGAACGGAGUGGAGAUCUUCAAAAUUAACAACUCGGAUGCUAAUCUUGCAGGGCCGAAUCCUGUUCCUGCAGCGAAACAAGAGAUUAUAGAUCCAUCAUUAGCCAUCCCAGGAUCAUCUCAUGGUAAAUCGAAGAACAGGAUGGCGAUUAUAGCUGGAGUUGUUUGUGGUGCAGUUGUUUUGGGUCUGAUCAUUGGUUUCUUUGUUGUUGCUGCUAAGCGUCGGCGUGGGAUGGAUUGUAUUUCUGUUACAGGACAAUCAGGAUGGCUUACUCUUUCUGUCUAUGGAAAUUCCCCUUUGGCUGAGACAAAUGCAACUGGAAGCUAUGCAUCCUCCCUGCUUUCCAAUUGCCGCCACUUCUCAUUUGCUGAGAUCAAGGCUGCCACAAGGGAGUUUGAUGAAUCUUUAGUACUUGGAGUGGGAGGUUUUGGCAAAGUUUACAAGGGAGAAAUUGAUGGUGGGACUAGGAAAGUUGCUAUCAAGCGUGGGAACCCUCUCUCGGAGCAAGGUGUUCAUGAGUUCCAAACUGAGAUUGAAAUGCUGUCUAAGCUUCGCCAUCGCCACCUUGUUUCAUUGAUUGGCUACUGCGAGGAGAAUUGUGAAAUGAUCCUUGUUUAUGAUUACAUGUCUCAUGGAACACUCCGUGAGCAUCUAUACAAGUCCCACAACCCGCCAUUGUCUUGGAAGCAAAGGCUUGAGAUUUGCAUUGGAGCUGCCCGUGGACUGCAUUAUCUGCACACUGGUGCCAAGCAUACAAUUAUUCACCGAGAUGUGAAGACAACCAAUAUCCUUGUGGAUGAAAAGUGGGUGGCGAAAGUAUCCGAUUUCGGGUUGUCGAAAACUGGUCCGACAUUGGAUCACACACAUGUUAGCACUGUAGUGAAAGGUAGUUUUGGAUACUUGGAUCCUGAAUACUUUAGACGACAGCAAUUGACUGAGAAAUCAGAUGUUUACUCGUUCGGUGUCGUUCUCUUCGAGGUUCUAUGCGCUCGGCCAGCUCUGAACCCAACACUCCCCAAGGAGGAAGUGAGUUUAGCAGAAUGGGCUGCUCAUUGCUACAUCAAAGGCGUUUUAGAUCAGAUAAUCGACACGUUCCUAAAGGGAAAGAUUGCAUCCGAGUGUCUCAAGAAGUUCGCGGAGACAGCAAUGAAAUGUGUGUCCGAUCAGGGCAUUGACAGGCCGUCCAUGGGCGACGUUCUCUGGAAUCUAGAGUUUGCAUUGCAGCUGCAGGAGAGUGCAGAAGAGAGCGGCGAGGUAGGCAGCGGAAUGGAAGUCGAAGGUCAGCUUGACGUUGCUUACAAAGGGAAGAUGGAUCCUGAUGCUUCCCCUGGCAUGGAUGGAAACAUAACCGACUCGAGAAGCACCGGAAUCAGUAUGAGCAUCGGAGGCCGAAGCCUCGCCAGUGAAGAUUCCUACGGGUUGACACCGAGUACCGUCUUCUCACAGAUCUUGAACCCAAAAGGUCGUUAACAUCACAAGGAGAGGUUGAACUCACUCAAAACUCAGCAAGUCCACCAUACAUAUAUACUUCUGAUUCAUCAAAACUACAAGCUUUUUCUCUCAAUUACUACAGAUCCGUUCAAAUCCAAAGCAAAAGCUUCUGUUAUCCUGCCUGCUGGUAUGAUUCGUAUGUAUAACAUAUUCGAUGUCAACUCAUUUCGCCUACUAUGUUCUCUAUCAUUGACUGCUUAAACGCAUUUAAACUUUAAUUUGAUUUAAAUCGUUGAUGUAGAAACACGUGAAUGUAUAUCAUAUUCAAUCAGUUUGUAUAUGACUAAACUAAGAAACAUGAGAACUGUUUCAACCA